AUUGACACAUUAGGUAUAUAGACUCAGCAUUUAUGUAAUCUCACCACAUUAUAUGCUUGACAAGCAACUAUAUCUGCCAUCAAUCAAACUUGCGCAUUCCGAAGCGGCAUUUGACCAGGGACUGUAAGGAAAUCGAAUGGCUGGAGUUGCUGAGGUCAGCAGCCGUAUUGUCGGCAACUCAGCCAUCGACGGCUUUGGUCUCCAUCAGCCAGCGAAUGAUGCGUACCUCGGUCGACCUGAGUAUCAAGCCACGGCUCGAGGGCAUUCGAGUGACGGCUCAGAGCAGAGAGACGAGAUCGGUCAGGUGUUCUGGAACCAAGUGAGUCGUGACGAAAAGGGAGACAGACUUAUUGAUAGCUACACUGCUAUAAAGCGACCGGUUAUCGAUCCAAAGGAAUUCAAAGAUUUACCGAAUUCAGUUGAACCCUUCACAGGCUACCAUUCGCAAGCAGAUAGCGAUCAAACACGGGACGUUUCUAGUCCGAACGGUCGCAACUUUGUUUACGACGGCGGUGUAGCUGGAGUUCAGACGGAUGGUAAAGAAACGAAACGUUUUUCUCAAACCGCGCAGUCGUGUACGAACGCGGCCAACGGAAACAGCAACAACAACACACAGAGAAAAAGAGGGAACCUGGGUUUGCCACCUCACCGACAGACAGGUUAUCAAAAGCCGCCGAUUCUUUCACCUAAGCCCUUCAUUGCCAAAAAGCCAAGAAGACUGUCAGAUACCAGCGCUAGCGAGCCGCCGAAAAGAGUUCCUAAUCCGAAAAACGAACAAGGCGAGCACGUAGAAAGUCAAAACGUAUUUCAAUUCGGAAGCAGGGUGAUUAGGCGUGUGUCCGCUCCCAGCGUUGUAUACAAGGCUAAACUUACGGAAUUAAAAGUCGUUACACCUGAGCUGAUAGCGCACUCGACCGAGGCGACAGAAAAAAGGAAAAAUUUCAGCAGUUGCGACAGCGGAAUUUCUACUACGCCGAAAGCUUGUUUACCGCGUAUUCGUGCAAGCGAACAACAUAACAGUUCAAGUGACCAUUCUGGAUUGUUAGAUGGAAAUAAAAACAGGGAAAUCGCGCCAGACCAUCACAGAGGGUUAAAUAUGGAUUUUAAGGCGAAGCAACAACUGAUUUCGAACAUAUUGCCAGAUCCAGCAAGAAUACCACCGAAAGUCGCCAGCAAACCGAAGAACCGACCACCUGCACUUCAUCUGUCACCAGGCAAAGUAAAUGGAGAAAACCAGUUUAAAAAUGAACCUCGCACCGAUGAACUUGCUAUUGCCCCUGUCUCUGCAAAACGAGACAGGUUCGAACAAAUGCAAAUGGCCUUUAAGAAACCGAUGCCGGAUCCUGUUUUUAAACCGCCGCAGCCUGAGAAUCAUUGGAAUAGUAACGGCCCUCUGAGUCCAACUGCAAACGAGUUGUUCAAAGAUAUUCUGGAAAUGAAGGAUAUAGAAAGCUUCGGAGAAACGGUCCAGAUCCAGCAGUCUAAACAGGAGCCUACAAGACCUACGACUAAAUCUGAUAAACAAAAGCCAGAGAAGGUUGCGAAGCCGGAUUACAGCUACAUGACGAAUGACUGGUCGUUAGAACAAGAUGAUUCACGAAAGAUAAACGUUGAGGGAGGGCAGAACAUGAAGGACCUCAAAGCUAAAUACGAGCAUGAGUUUGAUCGCAAGUUAAUCAACUCACUGAUAUCGCCCACAGAGAAGAAGAAUUUCUUCAAAGGUUUCGAGGUAGAAGCCCCGGGCCAUGCAAGAUCAGCAUCGCAUGGCGAACGCGUUAAAGCCAUCUCGCCCCCGCGAAAACUUUCCGACAGUUCGGUGCAAGAUAUUUCAAACAAAUUUGGAAGUUUACCGCGAAACAUGCAUAAUAAAAAACAGAAUCAUUUCUGCGACGGUCAAGACUUUCCACCUCUUCCGCUCAAUCUUCCACCACCUCCAGAUCCGCCUGUGGAACAAACCCCUCAUGACUCACAUACCAACGAAGCGGAAGCGCCUCGUUUUCCGGUGUACCCAAGUGCAGGUGAGGGGAGUUAUACGAAGCAGCGAAGCGACAACCCAUCUCACUCUUUAUGCAGCGUUACCACUGGCCCAGUCGACGCUCGGGCAGCGCUCACUAAUUACCCGAUUAGAGAACCCGAGGGAGUGGCGCGCAAUUUUGGCGAAGUGAGCAGUCAACCAACCGUUGCAAAGGACUGCAACGUGGGGCAGGGGACGGGUGGCCCAAGUCAAGAUAUUUCAAAUAGCGACUCAGUAUCGAGUAAGAACACAACUGCCCCGCGCGACAUCGACGAUGAGAUUCUUUACUACGAUAACAUGGAUAUCAUGGAGAAAGUGAGACAGAAACGAGAGCAGGAUGAGAAAAGAAUGGCAAAAGUGAUCGCGCGUGAAUCAGCGCGAAACCCUGAAAUACCAGAGGUGUCUCAACGCGGCAUUUCACGCUCGUCGACGAACCAGAAAAACAACGGUGCGCAGCAGGCCCGCAUCGAAUGCGUUUCAGUCGACAGUAACCGCAAGCAACAGAUAACAGUAGGUUUAAAACCAAGCCCUGACAAAAGAAGGAAUCAAUCGGCAAGUCAGGGUGACAUUAACGCGAACAUUUCAACUGAAUUUCGCAGCGCUCUUGGCGAGCUCGAGUAUGAGUACAAGAAGUUAAAAGAAAAUCUCGAUCAGCAAAUGGAUCUCGUGGAUGCCGCAGCACCGCCGAAAUUGCCUCCCAAACAAAAGAAGUUAGUCAGAAACACUACUGAUAGCCAGCAGCAACAGAAGCAGCACAACUAUUCAGGGCAUCAGGUCCCACAAACAAAUGGAAACGCCAAGCAAGUUCAAGCACCAAACAAGCAACUAAGUCCACAGUUAAAGCUUCAAAUUCCUGUAACAAAUCAGCAGAUAACACACCAAGGACAUGCACCUUCACCGAUGCCUCAGUUUUAUCAGGCUCAGGCCAACUUUCAGCAACCAGCUCCCAGUCAGGCUUCGGCUGCCAAACCGUCCCACAAUCCUGCACAAAAUUUAAAUCAUCCGAAACCUGUGCAGAGUUCAAGCAACCAGCAGAUUUUGACAUCGGCCUUGCUUCAACAGAACGCUCUGUUAAGUGUAGAAGAGUCACGAGCGAGGUCUAUAGUGGAUGAACCUCUUGCUCCGAUCAUUGAAGAGGACAGCACUUAUGGUGACUCGUCGUCCUGCGCAUCUUCCGUUACCGGAGACGAUCUUUCAAUUUACACCGACGAUUGCUCAAUCGACACAAGACAGAGAAGUAGUUCGCCUUCAUGUGGUGCCUGGAGUUUCGCUUCCUCGCAAGCUGCUCUUAACGGGGAGUUAGAUAAUGACGGAGAAACCACAGAGACUGAAGCAGAAACGACGACAUCCCAGCGUGAGAGUGGUAGCACCACAGUUCACUCCACCAGCUCAAAUGAUGAUGCAUCAGACGCCUCCUCCGUUCGUUGGCAACAGAGUCCAAUUACCUCGAAGGUAAAUCGACAAUCAUCUAAUGAAAAGUUGCUAGUAAAACCUGAAGAAAGAAUAAAUACCAACAAAUCGGCUUCUACUGUCAAAAAUGCUAAACCUUCAAAUGAAGAUGGAGAUUACGAAUUCAUCAGCGACACUGAAGAUACAGGAAGCCAUUCUGUACAGUCUGGACUUAACAGGGCUGCAUCGGUUGAAAGCAAGGUAUCAUGUUCAUCUGCAGGGGCAAGCAGCAUUGGAAGAUCCGGGGAUCUUAUUAAGGCUGAUCCUCAUGAGGAAGAGGAUGUUACAGUCCACGAUGUUGAGCCAUACGGUAUGGUUGAUUUAUCAAAACUGGAGCCAUCAUUUGAACAAGCCACGCCCGUUCAGAGCAGGAAAUACAAAGUAAAAGACUCUUCUAACGACAACGAAUUGACGCCAUCAUCAAUAAUGAACUCUGUUAAUGAAUUCUUCGGCACUUUACCAAAGAAAAAGCAGAAGCAGGUCGAAACGGGGAGCCCUACUGAAGAAGAGACCCCGCAUUUUCCGUUGGAUAUUCCACCCACCCAGGCGCCACCGACACCCAAGUAUUCCCGCAGCUCAAAAUCAACCACCGUGACCACGUCGCGUCUUCAACGAAGCAAAUCGGACGCCACGCGUGAGCUGAAAGUACCUGCAGGAUACGAAGAAGUUGGAUACGAUAACUUGGAGAAUUAUGGAGGUGAAGCUCGUAAAGCCGCUGAAGCGAAACGGGCGCAGAGCGUCAGACAGGAGAAACAUUCGAAGCACUCUCCGGGGCAGAAGAAAACUUCGGAACACAAGCGUAAUCAAAGCUUUGAUUCGGCCGAAGAAGACACAUCACGGUCAAGAGACUCUCUUGCUUCCACCCCAGGACUAACACAACAGACUGCUGGCAGCCGAGCUAGCUUUCCACUGCCAGUUUCUGCUUCACGUCUCGCUCGUCACAGUUCAGCAGUUAGUGCUCUUGACCGCCACAGCGGGAACUUAAAACGUUCUAAGCAAUCAAAUACCGCCUCGGUCAAAUCACCAAGUAGUAGAAGGAUAGAACAAAGAGCAAAGGUACAACCUGUUCAGCAGCAACAAUCCUCAACCUUACCACGGUUACGUACCGAUCGCAACGAAAACCUCGGUAAACCGUCGUUUGAUCACACUUCCAAAAGUACAGAAAACUUUGCUUCACUCGACAAAGAGAAAACUCACAGAGAACAUAUUAAACAAGAAGAAGCAGCUGCUAGGGAGAGGAAAAUAUCUCGAGAGUCCUUAAAGAACCGCACUAACUCCCGUGAAUGUGCACUGGACAGGCAGAGUAGCCAAGAAAACGAAGUCACUACUAAAGAUCAAGGACGACGUUACGACCGAAGUGGUGGCGUGGAACACAAGCUAUCGACGCAUCGCAGCAACUCCAAGAACAGUGCGCCUGCUACACCCGAGGAUAGGCCGUUCCCGGUAUUUAACUCGGAUUAUGACGAAAGUUUAGACGACGGCGUCGUAAAUCCGUAUGAAGAAGUGGAGUUCACUUUGGAUGCUUCUCACACAGUUUCUUAUCAACCUAAGAUUGAAACCGAAGAGCAAGUCGAAGCUAAACAUCGAGUGCAGGAGAUACUAGAUAACAUACAGCCACCUGAAUCUCCGUAUAAACCGAAACCUCCUCUUCCAAGAUACCCAGUCGAAUACGACAACUUCUAUCUCGGCAGUACCGGAGAAACAAAAUCCCGAGCCAGCAGUGGAAUUGGAACUGACGAAGCGGGACGUUCGAAAAUUGGAAGCGGUGCAACUUCAUCAUCUUCUCCUCCUCCGUCGCCAUCCACUGAAGAACCUUCGAGGACUUCUGGGUAUUCGGAAGGAGCGUUGACACCGGUGUCCACCCCGGCAUCAGUUCGGUCAUCAAGGUUUCCAGAAGAUUCUGGCACAGACGCCACUCUACCAUUCGACGAAAGGGAACAAGCUGAAUUGAGAUCACCCCGUCGAAAAUCCAGGGACGAAUCGCGAAACGGAGAAGAUUCGUCUGACGCUGCUCCGAACCGAUCACUGGGUUCACAGCUCCGAAGUUUACUAGGAGGAAGUCCUGAAAGCAAAUAUAUUUCUCCAAGUCUGCGCCGAAAGCGUUCCCUCCUUAAACGCUCGAAAUCUCCCGGUGGAAGCAGACGUUCAAAAACGCCUCCACGCUCAAAGUCACCAUCUAAAGAUAACGACGGAAAAUCCGAGCUUGAAUCAGUUGCCAGCACACCCGCACUACCACGCAAGGAGGAGAGACAAUCUCAGCGAUCUUCCAAAAUCGACAAACGAGGUUCAAAAGCGAACACUCCAGUACCUAAUAAAGAAGAAGAAGAUCCCGUCAUCCUUCGAUCUGCCUCUCAAAGGAUCGUAGAUAGACGGGGAAGAUCUGGUAGCUCUUCAGCUCGCAAAGCGAAAUCCUCAGACCAAGAAAGCGAACCGAGUGAAUUAGGUAAAGAUCGAAAACUGAGAAUGUCUUCACGAUGGAGAAGAUCUAAAUCAUCUGAUCGAUCUCCGACCCGCUCGAAAUCAAAAGAAAGAAGCAAAUUUGGAAAGAGGUCAAAAUCUCAAGAACGUCCCCCUCCGAAAGGAUUAGAAACAAAAGAAAUUGACAUAGAAGGUGGAGAAGAGAGAGGAGGUAGGAGUAUCUUCCGGAGGAGUAGGAGCAGCUCCAGGAAAAGAGAUAAACGAGGAAAAUCUACCGAGAGGAAAGAAGAGGGGGCAACGCGCGGGAGAAAUCCAGUUAGCUUUUUCAGAAAGCUGCUCAGAAACAAAAAAGACGAAGACGAGGGUGGAAUCGUCCAUGUGCCCUUGGGUAAAGGUGUUGAUAUGUCAGACUCGACUGAGGCACUGAGCACCAUCCUAGCUUACAAAGGAGACGAGGUUUCUGAGCCUGAGCAGUGGACCCCACCAAGACCCCACCCACCGCAACAGAGGAUCACGAAACCCAACCAAAAGUCAAGUCCAACAAAACCAAAGGAACGAAAAGCGAUGCGUUCCCCGCCUUCCCACAGAGCAAAGAAAAUGUCAUCUUCAAUAUCAUCAAGAGGGCAAGCAGACCACAGCACAGAAAGUUCAUCGGAGGGUGUUGGAACUGCCGGGAGAACCAAAAAUAACCGAAACCUCGAUACCUAUGGAAACCUAGGUAUCAACCGAGCAAAUCUUGGCGCACCUCAGAAACCAGCUCGUCCAUCAAGCAGAAAAAGUAGUUUCAGCAACUCACUGCCAAGUUCAGAUUCCGAGCGGCAAACCAAUGCUGAGGCAAGCAAUACGAAACUGAAGUCAUCCCGUGUGUAUCAAACCCAGCAUGGUGUUCCAGUUUUGCGUCGCCCACUACUACGUGAAUAUGAUUCCGAUACACCUACCAGUGCUCUUGCAUCGGACGCAGACAGCUCUACUGGUGUUGCAUCAGAUGCAGAGACAGGUGGACCACUAAGGUCAGCUAUCAAGCAAGGCCCUCUUGCAAGAUUGAAGGGAACUUUAAGAGGUUCUCCCCGUCGCCCAGUGAGGGUGGUGUCACCACGUCGUUCCAAAUCUGACCCAACGAUAUUCGACGGCGACUCUACAGUUUCUAUAAAGAAUACGUAUUAUAACUUGGAAACUCAGGAAACUACGAAAACUCCACCAGCGAGCCAAGAAAAGAAAUCGAAGCUCGCUGCGCAACAGCGUCGUCGAAGCCAAAAGCAAAGUCGACGCCAAACGGCUCCGGUUGACCUGGCUUAUGCUACCCACCAGCGACAGAAGUACAGGACACUUGUCUCCCUAAACGCGCAAACACUGAGAAAAGUUACGGAGAGAUGGCUGGCCGAAUGGCGCAACCAGCUACCAGUUGGCGGGUUUCUCAUUACAUCGUGGUCGGACGUGGCGAUAGAGAGUCACCGGCCGAUAUGUAUGAUCGGGAACAGUGUUGUUUACCCUGCAGUGUCGACUGGAAAUAACAAGUUUAAUCUAGCAUGCCAGUUGUACGAUCAACGUGACGUUGGGGAACGAAUGAUCCUAAAGCUGGAGAAUAGUUCAUCUUUACCAGCGCACCCCAACACGUGUGGUGUCUGCAGUCAUUUUCCUUGCCGAGUACCGAGGUCCUUGCUUGACCCAACUUCGGGUGGAGGGGCUGCCGAUGCACUUUGUGUCGUUUUGUCGACUCGGCCAAGUCACUCUCUUCAGGAGUAUCUAGACCGCUUAAUUUCGAAAGAAGAACCCACGGAAUACCACCGCCAAGUCUUAAUCGCUCUACUCCAACUACUACAAGGCAUUAAACAUUUAUUAGCAUCUGGUUUUGAUCUCCCUUGUAUAAGUGCCGAGCACUUGGUCAUUACAGAGGAUCGGGGAUUCUUGCAAAUUCUACCGCAUCUAAACUGGUCCGACUCGGUCGACUCAAAAAGAAAUCGUUUGGAUGUUGACAAAGUACUCGAUGCGUAUCAAAGCUCCGACUCGGACUCGAAUCAAAAUUCAAGAAGGUUGUCCCACACCCAGCAAUUGGCGGCUCUGAUGAAACGCUUGUUACAGAACGCAAACUUGGCUUCCAGUUCUGCUGGAAUGGGUCGGCCGGGUGAUCGCAGCUCAGCAGCCUCAUUGGUGUCAAGGGUUGUAGUUCCAGGAACCAAGUAUUCAACCGCAAUCAAGCACAUUGUUUAUUAUCUUGAACGCUCUCCGCCCGUGGGCGCCCAAGAGGCGGCCGAACUUGUGCAAUGCGCACUGUGGGGCCCUGAAGACCUAGAAGACGUCGGUGUGGAUGAUGUUACACCAUUUGCUGCUCUUGAGCUAUGGAUCGAAAUGGAACAAGCCAAAUUAGUAAACAGUCUUGCAGUAUUGAACCCAGGAGACCGAAUGGUUCCAGUUUCGUUCCUUAAACAUCAAUACUUUUCAACAGUAACCCCUGAAAUGCUGUUUAACGGUCUCAAGACGUUACAGCGAAUUUGAUAACUAUCAUCCAGUUAUAUGUAAUAAAUGGUACCCUUUCUAUUUCUUUUAUUAUGUCAAAUUUAAAUUACCACAUUUUUGUUGUGACGGUUUUAGGCCACCUACCUAUAGUGAGUGACUUUUAAUCUUUUAAUUACUUUUUUUGCUGCUGUUAUUCGUGGACAAUCUAAGAAUGUUUUAACUAUAAUUAUACAUACAUGCAAUAGUUUCUUUGCAUUUUGUUCCCACCGUUCGCACGAAGCAUAAUAUAAACGCAGUAAAACACCUUUUAACUGCAUAAAUGCACUUGAAAAUUGUAGCAAUCGCCAAAAUUGUUUUGCUUGUAGCUUUAUUUAUACUUUUGUUGCAGUGGGUUUUAUUCUCGCUAUUAUGCGUUCGAUUACUGCCUUUUGUUCCCUGUAUACUAACAACAUGAGAAUUUGUGUAACGA